CGUGGAGGAGAACACAGCAUACAGCAUCAUCCUCGCAUACAACCGCCCUUUCCCUGGGAAACAAGGAGGCAGGCUCGAGCCAUUGGAUGAUAUCUGAUAAACGCGAGCUGUUCCUGGGCUGUCAGAUUGGCGGCACCCAGCCGCGUCGCUACGCGCACCGAUCAUGCGGGAACAAUGUGAGCUCUCGUCUCCUCCUCUUCAGCUAGCCCCUCUUCAGUCAAGAGGUGUUGUCGUGGUGAGACGGCGUUUUGUCGGGAGUAAAGGGACAGUUUUACUGCAACGCUAUCUCCAUAGCUCCGAAUGAGAGCAAGUGACCCGGAAGAAAGGUUGUUGCCUUGCUUUUGCCUGCCCGUGCACGGUGUAGUAGCAACGUCCAUGCGCCGUUUGCUAAUUUGAAAUUGGACCGAGCCAAUUGAGGACUUCGAGGCAGGUGUGCGGUGUCAUUCGUAAUUCUGCUGGCCAAAAGCGUAUACGCGGUCCAUUUUCCCGUCUCAUCUCAGAUGUGUAUGGACUUUAAUACCGGUCAAGCAGGCUCCUGUCGACGAGGUUGAUACAGUAUUUUGUUGCAGAGCGAAUUUCUUUCAGAUGUCUCCGUGUUCGCUUUGAGGAACGGACAGACUAGGCUCUGGAUUUAAAGCCUGAGGAGGAGUGCGGAAUUCUCCGGAACGAGUGAAGAAUUGAGAUCACUGAUGCCCGUCUCUCCCGAAUAAGUCUCCCAGCUUUUGACUUUUAUGACGGAAAGUGUACCCAGCUACGGUAGAACUGUUAGGAGACCUCUUCAACAUGAAUACAGACAGUGGAGGAUGCGCUCGCAGCAGCGCUGCCUUGCUUCUCACCCUCUCCCACAUGAAGCGGGUCCAGAGCGUCCCCAAUCUGGCUACAGGGAGUGAUUCUCACUCGUCAGAUUCAGAUGCAUGGAGGUCGCGUAGCACCGACGGCCUGAGGAACGGCGACGACGUCACUUCUUCCCUGGCCGCCAAGGGCUUCCGCAGCGUCAGACCCAACCUGCAAGACAAGAAGUCCCCCACACUGGCUGUCAAUCAAGUCCCCCUCCCGCCCCCUAGGAGAGAGAGCUACCCCUCCCCCGCUACAGGUGCUAUCCCCCCCUCCUACACCUCCCUCCUAGCCGAGACCCUCGGACCCGGGAUGCUAGCCCUCUCCAACGAGAAGGCCGUCCUCAAAGAGUCUUACACAGUCAAGAGCAGGUCUUCUUACUCCCACCAUCAGACUACUACCACCACUUCUGCACCCCAAUCUGAACCCGAACCCAACCCCCAGCCCCCACAAACAAACCCUCAGUCUCCCCUCGCCAACCCCAUCCCCAAUGACACCAGCAAGGUCAAAGCCUCCACAGCUACUUCCUCCACCACCCCCCAGCUUCAGGCUGCAGAGCGCAAGGUGUCCUCCCUCAGACUCACCCCCGUCACCAUCCCUGAUCCCCCCUCUCACCAGCCCGUCCCCCAGCCUGAGACUCUCACCACCUCCCUUCCUCCCCCUAACCUUCCCCCCCGUACUGACUCCUCCAUCGGCCCCCAAAGCCAGCACACAGCCUCCCUCUCCGUCCAGAUGGCCCCGCGGAACCCCAAACCACCGGGCUCCAAGGCCCCUACCCUGGAGCCCAAGGCCCCAGCCCCAGCUUCUGACCCUGGGGAGGGCAGGAAGGUGAAGGCCCCCCCUCAAGUUCCACCUCUACCGUCUGCAGCGAAUGUGGUGGGCCAAGCUAUUCAAGUGGCUAUGAAUGGAAGUGCGCCCCACCCCCAGAGACCCUCCUCACCCCCGGCCUACCCCCCUCUCCCCGCCUCGUUCAGCCCGGGGGUGGUUCACAUGCAGAGUCGGAGCGCAGAAGGUUCAGAGUCGGUGAUGUCGGGCCACACCAGCGUGAGCAGCACGGUGCCCAUCGCCCGCUUUUCAGAGGAAGAGAAGAGGGUGUCUGUCAUCAAGGCGCCCCACUACGAGGGCAUCGGCCCCGUGGAUGACACGGGCAUCCCAAUCGCCAUUCGCACGACGGUGGAUAGGCCAAAGGACUGGUACAAGACCAUGUUCAAGCAGAUCCACAUGGUUCACAAAGCAGAUGACGACUAUGCCGACUCGUACAACGCCACAUAUACUGUCAGCGGUGACAGUGACACAUAUGGUCAGUCCUCCAACCCCACCGUGGCCUACCCUCCCCCAGGACACAAACGUACCGGCCCCUGGCCAAGAGCCCGUCGGACAACGGAGGCCCCGGGACCUUCAGGGAGCCCUCCCCCGUGCCACCGCCACCCCCGCCCAAGCCCUCCCUCCUACAGCUGAGGUAGAGACAGCGACCGGGAGCGAGACUCGCCCGACACCAUGAAUCAGUGGGGUCCUCCCGAUAGGAAAGUGGACACUAGAAAGUACCGCGCUGAACCCAGGAGUAUAUUUGAGUACGAGCCUGGGAAAUCAUCCAUUCUGGAGCAGGAGAGGCCGACCUAUAAGCUAAACCCAGAUGACAUAGAUUUAGAGAACGAGCCUUGGUAUAAGUUCUUUUCCGAGCUGGAGUUCGGCCGUCCGCCUCCUAAAAAACGUCUGGAUUAUAAUCCAGACAUCUGCCCUCGCCCACUCACAGAGACGUCGCUGUACUUCACUCCCACUGCUGACCGGGUUCCAGAGAGGCCGGCGAGUGCUGCCAGUGACUACAGGAAGAGGAGGAAGUCGGAGCCAUCAGGUGACCAGGGCAAGAACCAGGUCUCCCCAAAACCACCGGACCCUUACAAAGGCAGCAGCACACUGAGGAAACCUGCCAUCCGCUCCUCCCCCUCCUCCCCCUCCAGAGUCAAAGGUUUCCUCUCUCAUAGUGGGGUGACCACAGAAAAGAUUAGCGGUGGGGACACGUGCGAAAUGACCUACUCCCCCCGUUUGAGCUCUUCCCCGGGCCCGUACCUCCGCUCCCCUCUCUCCCCCAUGCCCUCCAACCUCGCCCACCGUCGCUACGACGACGAUGCCAACCCGGGGGGAGCCUCUUCGCCCUCCUCGCCCCUCAAGCGUGCCAUCUGCUUCAAGAACGGCUGGCAGACGCGGCGGCAGGACGCCGAGACAUGGAGCAGCACAGAAGACACGCCGCCCUCGCCCGCAAAGCUGAAGUCGCGUAGCUGCGACAACCUGCUCAAUGACAGGCACCCAGGGGGCACCGGCGGGCACAAGGCUACCCGUUCGGAGAGCGCCGGGUCACUGGUAUUCGACAACCCAUUGGGGCAAACCGCAUCGUCCUCUACUCGCUCCUUGCCUCGCCCGCACCGACGACGUGCCCACGACGCGCCAGGCUUCCUGAAGCUCUACCGCAAGAUGCACCACAUCGACCGCGCCCAGCUGCUACCCUCUGACGUGAUCCGCUCGGUCCGUGCCCGCAUCCUGGAGCUGGAGCGGCAGCCGCACCUCUUCCCCCGAAAACUCUCCCCCUGGGGGCCGUCGUGGGGCCUGGAGGUUCCUCGCGAUACGGUGCCAAUGCGCAUCUCCACGUACGAGCAACUCAUCCAGAAGUCCAAGUCCAUGCCCGACUUGGGAGAUAGCGAGGUCCCAUCUGGCGCAACCACGCCCGGCGGGUCAUCGUCCCGCGCCAGUAGUAGCGGGGGAGGAGGCGGCGGGGGCAGGGAGACACCCGGGUACCCCAAACGCCGUUUCUCCAUUGAGUCUCUGCUAGAAGAAGACAUUAACGAUGGGAAUGGUAACGGGACGUCCCAUCACACUUUUGACCACCAUCACGCUCACCAGGGGGCAAGGAACCCGCCUGAGGGUCAGCCCCGCCUCGCUCAGGAACCCCACAACCGCGAUUUCCCCGACCCCCUCGUUUAUCGACGCGCCACUGUCCCGGGGGCCGAGUACUCUGCGUCAGAGCAGGAUGCAGCCGCCUCGGACCUCAGUGACUUUGUCCAAGUCGAAGGAUCCUCCUUCUGCAGCGAGAGCGACUUUGACCACUGCUCGCUCACCUCGUCAGUCGAGAGCUUCUACGGCCCCUCCUCUCACCACCACCUUCGACACCACCACAGCCACAGCCACCACAACCCCAGUCAUCAGUCUCUCGGUCAGGGUCAGGGCUACCAGCACCGUCACCUCAUCAGCUCGUGUAAAGGACGCUGCCCGGCCUCCAACACCCGCUUUACCACUAUGCUGCGCCACGAGCGGGAGCAGGCCCGCCAGGAGCUCCGGCAGAAACCCCCCCAGACACAGCAAACCAGACACGGGGGAAGGGGAGGGAGCGGAGGGGACCUCCAUGCCCUACCCCCCUCGUCCCAAGCAGCCCAAACCCAGCAGGGGAUGUCCAAACUGGCCUUCCUCAUCAGUCCCGUGCCUUUCCGAAGGAAAAAGGGUGAUUCUCCACCCACUUCGAGAAGGGGUAGUGGAGGUCGAAGUACCAGGCCCAAGUCUAAAGAAGCCGUCUAUGAAGCUUUGGAUGCGGCCUUGAGGGAUAUCUACGAACACAUCCAAGCGGAGCGAGGCCGGAGCGGCGCUAGGCUACCAGACGAUAGCAUCCUCCGGAGGCUACUGGCUGAGAUCCUCCCGGAUGUGCCCGAGAGGAGCUCCUCGUUGCGGGGACAGAGGGGGAGCCGCAAGGGGGGUCCCUCCUCGAGCUCCUCGUACCCCGACGGGAGUCCCACGGGGUACAGCUCGUCACCGCGGCUACAGUCGCCGCUAAGUACCUCUUACAGUCUCCAUACAGAUGCCUCCAAUAACAACGACUUUGGAGAGGAGCCAGGCAACGCAGGUGGAGCACGCACACACAUAUAUAUAUAUACACACACAUAUAUAUACACACACACCAGCCCUCAGUCCAUCAUCUCCCUCCUCGACUCUCCCCAGCACUGCCUGACUGUGACCACCUCCCCUCCUACCAGUCACUGUGCUUCAGCAACGGAGCAGGAUGCCUCCAGGGGGUACAACACAACCACCAGCGACGGGGGAGGGGGGCAGACCAGACGAGCCACCCCGGACAGAGAGAAACAGCCUGCCAGAGCUAUAUAUGACUUUAAGGCACAGACCGCUAAAGAGCUGACGUUCAAGAAGGGCGACGCGGUGAACAUCAUCAGACAGAUUGACAGCAACUGGUACGAGGGGGAGCACCGCGGACGACUGGGCAUCUUCCCCAUCUCCUACAUAGAGAAGAUGCCGUUGCCAGAUAAGCAGCAGCCGAUUAGGCCUCCUCCACCAGCACACGUCAGAGAGAUCGGGGAGGGGGUGGCCCGUUACAAUUUCAACGCUGACACAAACGUGGAGCUGUCCCUCCGCAAGGGUGAGAGGGUAGUCUUGCUGAGACAGGUGGACCAGAACUGGUACGAGGGGAACAUCCCAGACACCACCAAGCAGGGCAUCUUCCCUGUGGCCUACAUAGACAUCGUCAAACGCUCGCCCUCCAAGAGCCCCGCCCCCUCCCACCAGCCAGACCCACACGGCUACCCCAGCAACAGGACACAGGGCUCCACGCCCACCAAGGUAGAGACAGAAGAAGAAGAAUAUUGCUUCACACAACUGGACCCAGAUGCAUUUAGAACAUUUGAGCCUGGUGAAGUAAGUGUGUGUGUGUGUGUGUACGUGCGAGAGAAUGAAAUGAGAUGGAGAGAGGGUACUGUUGGGUUUGGAUGGCAGGGGAGAAUGAGUGUGGAUGGGAUUGUGUACAUCUCUUCUUUCCCUCAUUCCCUCACACCCCUCCACUCCUGGUGUGUAAGUCUCUGCUUUUUUAUCCCCCCCUCCUCUCUCUCUUUCUCUCUCCCUCCGGAGCCAUUCAACAGCACUCCCACCCCCCCUUCCCUCCAUCACCACCAUCCUCCUUGCUCCACGCCCCCCUCCCCCCACACCCCCCCUCCUCCCGUGAAGACCCUCUGUCUGCAGGCCGUCACCAGCGAGUGGCUCUCCCUCACCCUCAGCCCCCCCUCCUCCGAUACCCCCAUACCACCCACACCGCCCCCCUUCCCCCCAAUCCUCCUCCCUUUCCUGGAAGAUCAAGAACGGAGGGCCACCCCUCCCGCACCACCCAAACGAGGGCUCACCCCUCCGCCACGAAAUGCAUCCAGUUGUCUCGCCUCCUCCCGCCCGGCUGUCAAGCAGUGGCUGUUUGACUUAGACUCCCCCCCCUCAGCCCCUCCUUUCUCUCCACCCCCUCCUCCUGACUCUUCCUCUCCCCCCGCCUCCCCCGUGCCCGACUCCUUCCUGGGAUACAUCGAAGAGAGGGGCCUAAGGGACAGUGAACAGAACAAACCACUGUCCCUAGCAGGCAGAGGGGGGUUCUUCUGCACUGAACCCGAGCCGGGGGACACGCCCGCAGAUUUGUUGCUGUGGUACAGGCCAAGUGUUCAGCCAGUAUCCUUAGAACUAGAAACGGAACCCCCCCCUCUUCAGCAGCAAGUGGAAGAUCCCUAUGAUCAGUUGUUGUCUAUGAUCCUGGAUCAGCCCAUGUGUGAUGAAGAUGGAGGGGAGGUUCUCAGGCCGGCCGUGGCACUGACCAACGAAUCACAGAGCAGGGUUAGGCUAGAGUCGGAGUUUCAUAGGCCUGUGACUACGCAGCCCCUGUCCAUCACGCAGGACAGCCAAUCAAAAAGGGUGAAUAGGUGGAUGGCAGGGUCUCAGAGGCCGAUGACAUUGUACAUUGAGGAAGAGGAGGAAGCUAUAGGAGGGGAAGAAGAGGAGAAGGAAGAAGAAAGGAACAUUGAUGUAGACUGUGGUACUGUAACUGUCCACAGAGAGGGGCUGAAAACAGAGGCUGAUGUCUAUCCGUCCCGCUGUCACAGCACUUUGUGCAACCCGGCACAGUUGGAACCCAUCACCCUCCUCCCUCCCCCCGUCUCUCCUCCCUCCUCACCAUCCCCCGCUUUUUACUCUGCCUCACAACCAGCUGAAGCCCUGGCUAUGCCUCCUUCCUCUCCACUGUCCCAUCUUCCUACCCCUCCCCCAAUUCCCCUCUCCUCCUCGCAACAGAUUGUGCCACCCUGCUCUCCUCCCCCCACUUCCCUCAUCUCUACCUCCUACCUCUCUUCUCCUUCACCCUCUUCUCCCCUUCUCACCUCUCCGCCUCUCACAACCUCUCCCCUUCUCACCUCUCCACCUCUCACGACCUCUCCCCUUCUCACCUCUCCACCUCUCACGACCUCACCCCUUCUCACCUCUCCACCUCUCACGACCUCCCCCCUCCCUCCCUCCCGCCCAUCCUCUACUACUCCUCCCCCCACCCCUCCCUCUUCCUCCCUUUUGGCCUCACGUCAAGCUCUGGUCUCCCCUCCUCCUCUCCAACCCUCUUCUCCAACCUCCCCCAUCCCUGACACACAACGGGCGCUCCCAUCCUCCCCUCCGCCCUCUUCUCCUCCUCUCCCUCUCUCCCCUCCACUUGUACCCUUUCCAGAACCUAGGUCUCCUAAGAUCAAGAGGUUUGUGCAGGAUUUGCUCCAUGGUGGCGGAGACCCGUUCCAGGCCCUGUACAACUACCUGCCCCGUAACGAGGAUGAGCUGGAGCUGAAGGAGGGGGACGUCGUGGACGUCAUGGAGAAGUGUGACGACGGCUGGUUUGUCGGGACUUCUCGACGGAGCAAGCAGUUUGGAACCUUCCCAGGAAACUACGUCAAGAAACUAUAAUGAUGAAUCCGGUCCACCCCCGCACCCUCCUUACUUGGACCCUUCCAUCUCUAGCACAACCCAUAUUGGACACAACCAACCCGGAGUAAAAUGAAGUUGCUCCUAGACACUGAUUUGGGUCAGUUUUGCACUUUCCCCACCAAUGGUUAUGGUUAGGAUUGGGGAGGUGGAGCUGACCCUAGAUCUGUACCUAGGGGAAGCCUCACCCCGGAACAACACGCCCCCACUAAUCGGGUCAUCCAAGAAGCCUUUCCCAAGCGUGUGUGACGUCACAGCAAGUAUUUUGUUUUAGCUCUAACUAGCCAACUCUACAGGAGACUAUUCCACUAACUAAACAGUUAUUUUCUAAAUGAUGGAGUAGAGGUUGAAGAAGAUCCAUACUUUUGUAUUCCUGUCACCUCAGAUACUGAAGGAAGGGUAGCCAAACAAGAUGGCCACCUUUUUAGUGUUGACAUCUGCUGUUAUUUGAUUCAUUAGAUCUAUUUUGACCCAGUAAUGUAAUAACUUGCAUUGAUAAGUUGAUUGUGUAACAUUCAGAGAGGUCAAAUGUGGUAAAGAGCGAGUUAAAGAUGCCAAGUAAACUGCCACUCAGGAUUGCCUUGACAUCAUCAUGUCAGCCAUGUUUCUUUUCCCUUUUUCCUCAGUGUUAAAUGAGUACAGAGACCCCCCCCCCCCUAAGCGUAUUAUCUGUAAUAGGAGGGCAUGGUAUUUUCAGAGCAGUAUUGUCAUAGGACAUUGCAACACAUUUUCAAUGUUUAGUCAUUUGGCAAAUGCUCUUAUCCACACCGACUUUCAAUAAGCAACACGAAACAACCACAGCGUUAUUAGUACAAAAAUCCUCAUCCGAUGUUACAUGUUCAUACCCCAACACAGGAACACUCACCUAUUUCCCCAGUGAAAAUGAUGAUGCUGUGUAAUCCAUGAUACCCAAAAGUGUUGCUGGAUACCAUGGGAUAGAGUAUGACAUGUUUGGAGACAAAUGCAUUGAUAUUGAAUGCAUAUAUGUAUAUCCAGAGCCUUUUAUGUGCACCGGAAGGUUCUGGAUAUCUGCCCACUAUGGGUCUACAGUCAAUUCCAGUUUUUCAAUUUAGUGUUUGCAAACUCCUAUAUGGAUGAGUUAUUUCAAAUGUGGAAGUGGCAAUCGUUGAUAUUUCCUUUUGAACCCUUCUGCUUGAACAAGUACAGUACAUUUUGUACUUUUGAUGGAAGUAAUAUUUAUAGAUCUGGGAUUUUAUUGAUUGGUUGACUUGGCGUUUUAUCCUUUCUCUCUCGUGUAAAAAUUUCUGAGUUACACUACGGAUUUUACAAGUGAAAGCUAGAUUGGAUUGUCGAUAGGGCUUUGGGAGUUUGAUACCUUUGGAAAAACAUAUGCAAAAGCAACUAGUUUUCCCCACUUUUUUCUGUAUGUAUAGAUGUUUAUAAUGGGGGAAAAGUAUUGAAUAUUGAUGAAAGGUCAUUUAGACGUCUCCGUCCAUAGAUAUAACUCAUGGAAUGGAUGGAGCAGCAUCAGUUUCUCAGCUUACUUUGUGUACUUUCUUUUAGUUGAAGUGGCCUAAAGUUGACGUGUACUUUUGGCUAAUUUCAACCGCAGCAAAUCCCCUUGUCAUGUUUAAGAUAAGAUAGGCCAAUUUUUGUUCCCAGUCAAGUCUGACAUUUUACAUUUGUCAAUAUACAACAAACGUUCAGGUCUCAACAAUAAAACAACCCUCCUUUUUUGAAAUGGUGUUUAUUUUAUUCGAUGACGAGGUUUUCUUUUUACGAUUGCUGUUGAAUACCGUAUUAGGAAUGUUGCAACAUUCGUUGCCUUUUGUCCAAAAUGGGAUGUUUUACUUCACUCUAAUAUAAUCAGAUAAGCAGUGUAAAUUAAUUUGAUUGAAUUAUACAGUUAAGUUCCUGGAGUAGUUUUUUUCUCUAUAGGUAAUUCUGACGGCGACCUUUUUUACUGUCCGGGAUGAAUGAAACGAUUAGAGAGAGUGUCACUGCAAUAGCUUAUAACAAUGUAUUUGAAUAACAUUGGUUAGGCAUACUUUUUGUGUUCCAUGAAUAUGAUUUAUGGCAUUUUGUUUUUGCCUUUUUCGUGUGUAAAUGAGUAUGUAUUCAUAUAGGAAGGACACUGCCUGCAGAACAAUCGUUUAAGCACCUUAAUAUGUAAUUAUUUUAUUUUUUUGUUUCUGUCUUUGGUUGAUUUUGUUCUAGUUUAUUUUUCCCCUUUUCAUUCACUCUUCCCUGGGUCGUGUUCAUUUAGGCACCAAAAGAGAACGGACUCCCUGGACAUGUCCAAUAAGAAAUGCACAUUUUCAUAUUCUGUUGCAAACGUUUCCCGUUGCUAUCCUCAAUGAACACGACCCUGGAAUGUGAGAGCACUGCGUGUCUGUUGGCGGCUUUUUUUGUACGUCUUUUGUAUGGAGCUGUAAAUCGACGACACCGAUCCACUGCUUUAUAAACUCUUAUUUUUCUCACCCAC